AAAACUUCUCCCUCUCAGUCUCUCUACUCUGCAAUUUUCAAUUCUUCAAGGUAAACCCUAAAAAAUCUUCUCAAACCCUAAUUUUCGCUUACAAUAAUCAUCAAAAGGUCACUUACUGGUUGAGAAAACAUGCCAAGUGAAACAGACUCGAAUAAUUUGACUGAUUUUCCUCAUUCCUCCGCAAGGAUUCGCGAACAAGCUUCUCCAUCUGUUCAGGUCCCUGCCAUGGAGAGAAACAUAGAUCAAUUAAUAGCAUUGUCAGAGAAGCUCAGAUGUAAAACUGUACCAACUCCAUCUGUUCAGGUCCCGGAGAUGAACAUAGAUCAAUUAAUAGUAUUAUUAGAGAAGGUCAGACCUAAAACUGUACCAACUGUUGUUGAAGUUCUUGGAAAAUCUGAUGCAGAUACCAGUGAAUGGUUAAAUGCCCAAUGUGAUCCCAGACUUUUGGUGUUAAAUGUGACAUAUGAAACUCUUUUAUGGAUUUUGCUUCACUUUAUUUCCUUUUUAUUGAAAUCUGAUUGUGGCUUUAGGUUUGGAAAUGUUUAUUCUAGAACUUGAAAUCCUGUAUUAUUGAUGAGCCGUUAUACAAACUUGAACGACUUUUUCAGAUGUAUUAAAAGUGGUAGGUCAGGUGACUAACUGGAAAUUUCAAUUCAGAUUGGCUUGAUUUGCUUGUCCAUGUCUGUUUCCUAGUUACUCAGGAAAAGACUUUACCCCUCUCCCCCGGGAAUUUUUUUCUAUCACUCCUUCAGUCCAUUGAAAGAAAAUUAAACUUCGAAAUUCAAGAUCCUUUCAGCAUCAAGGAUGAGUAAUGUUAUCAACUUGAUUUUACCAAUGGAAGCAGAAUUAUAUAACUGAGAGCAAUCUUAGUUUCUCUCUUAUGCAACCUCUUUUACUUUUUACACUUUACAAUGCGAGAUUGUGAACUUAGCCUGCUUCUGAAAUGUGAAGGAGAAACUGGAUGGACUAUUAUAGAUUAUGAAUGAAUUAGAGUGUGGAUGGAUAACGAGUAUAAUUUUCAGAUGUUUGACAUAGACUCUAAGGUAAAGUGGUUACUUGUAGUGUUCUAGGUCCCUGAGUUCAACAAUCUUUACCUUUACCAACCUGUUUUUGUAAGGGGAGGAUGAUUGAUACUUGAUAGACCAUUGGCAAUUAUAUUUCCUUCCAUUAUUAUUUUUAUGUGUCUCGGUCUAAUUAUCUUUUUGUGUUUUUGUAGACAAAAUUGAAGGAUCUGGGUGGGUGUGUGCAGCAGUUCUCAGUCCUGCUAAAAUAUCUUUAAGUCUGGAUGGGUCGUUUGCGAUGUGUACAAUCUGAGAAUAUAACUGCAAAAGAGCAAAGAAACAUAGAUCAAUUAGUAGCAUUAUCAGAGAAGCUCAGAUCUAAAACUGUACCAACUGUUGUUGAAGUUCGUGGACAAUCUAAUGCAAAAACCAGUGAAUGGUUGAAUGCCCAAUGUGAUCCCAAACUUUUGGUGUUAAAGACAAAAUUGAAGGAUCUGGGUGAGUGUGUGGAGCAGGUAGAUUCUGAGAAUAUAAGUGCAAAAGAGCAAGUACGUGAUUAUAAAACUAAAUUGGGCGCAAUGAAUGGUCUUCUUUCUAAGGGUGAAGCGGAGAGAACCAAAUUGAAACAAAAACUAGUUGCUGCCAAAGGGAGAGAAAAGGCGUUGCAAGAGCAGCUAAUGAAAGAAGUCAGCCUUCGCAAGAAUGCCGAGUCAUCAGCAGCUUCAGCUAAAGAGCAAGCAAGCAAGCUCGAGGAAAAACUAGAAAGUAUGAGGGGUCCACCUAAAAGAAAAUAUGAGGGUGAUUUAUAAGAAGUUAGAGAUGCACUUCACACAAAUUAGCUUGUAAGUAUUUGCUUGUUUCGUCCAGUAGACAUGGAUAUGGAUCUUUAGUUGUUUAACAUAUAUGUUUUAUCUUUAUUUGGUUCGAUCUUUCUUGUAAAUUGAGUUUGAACUAGAUUAUUUCAUGGGGGACUUCAAUCAGAACCCAGAAAUUGAUUACAUACCUCAUGUUCCUUUCCGGGAAAAAUUGGAGAAAGUGGAGCCUUUUCUGUAUCUUUUGAGGGUAUGCAGAGCCUAGAAGAGUGGAAUGUGUGUUUGCAUUCUCAUGCUUAUUUUUAUUCUGUUUAGAACGUGUUACUCUGAAUGCAUUCCCUUCUGAUUGUAUAACACUACCUCAUUUAAUCUGAUUGGUAUGGCCAAGUAAAUCCCUGGA